AUGACCAGCUCCAUUGAUCUCCCCCCUCCCACCAUGGGAGCGGGAAAGCUGUUCCUUGCAUCUCAGUUCUGUGCAACGCCUCGUACACCGCCAAAAGAAUUGUCACUCGCGGGACAGACAGCCAUUGUGUCCGGAGCCAACGUUGGGCUAGGCUUGACUUGUGCAGGCCAGUUGCUGAACCACGAUCUGUCUCGACUCAUCAUCGCCGUCCGUUCCGUGGAAAAGGGAGAGGCUGCGGCAAAGACACUCAGGGAGAAACACCCUGCCGCUACCAUCGAAGUCUGGACCUUGGACAUGUCAUCGUACAAGUCCGUCCAGGCGUUUGCGGAUCGCUGCUCCACGCUAUCCAGGAUUGACGUUGUCAUCCUAAACGCCGGCUUGUCGAGACAAGAGUUUCAUCUCUCACCCGAAGGCCAUGAGGAAAUGUUCCAGGUCAACUACUUGUCGACCGUCCUCCUCACCAUCCUCCUCCUGCCUAUCCUGAAGUCGAAGAAAGUUGAUGGGAAGGCAGGCAGGUUGACCAUUGUCAACUCGGGCUCUACGUUCGGCGCCAGGUUUCCCGAGCACGACAAAGUACCGUUGAUGCCUGCGUUGGACGACGAGAAGAAUUUCGAUCUUACCGAUCGAUACCAAACAUCAAAGCUCUUGGGCCAGCUCGUCAUCACCAAGCUCGUCGAGCACGUCCACAAGGAGGAUGUUGUCGUCAAUCUCGUGGACCCGGGUCUGUGCAAAGGAUCGGGGCUUCAUCGACAUCUGAAUAUCGGCCUGCGGGUUAUCUUUGGCGCAAUCAAAGGCGUGACCGGGAGAAGUCUCGAGCAAGGGGCAUCAACAUACCUCGAUGCUGCUGUGGUCAGAGGAGACGAGACCCACGGCAGCUACCUGAUGGACUGGAAAAUCUAUCCUUUCCCUUCGUAUGUGUAUACCGCGGAAGGAAAAGCUACUGGAAAACGGCUGUGGGACGAGACUCUGCAGGAGCUAGACUUUGCUGGGGUUCGCUCGAUCCUUCGUUCCAUGCAGUCGGACCGGCGAUAA